AUGUCUGGAUCUAUGGCACACGUCUACUCCACCGAUGGUCUUGAGCACCCAGCUCAAGACCAGUUCACCCAGCAAUACGACCUCGGUAACCCAGACGCAGCAGCAAGAUCGUAUCAGAGAAUCAUGCACCAACACACCAAGCAACAAUUCGAACUUGCAACCGCUUCAUCACGGAGACGAUCUGCCAACUCAGGUUCCAUUGCGUCCUUAACGCCCGAGUCAAGUCAAGACUCCGUCGAUUCGACCGCGUCGUAA